UUCUGAGCAGUGAAACAAUGCCUGGAAGCAGAAAGGAGAGCUGUGUGUAUUUGUACCCUAAACGGUAAUGUCAUCUAACAGACAAGUUGUCUCAGCCAACCAGGCUAGAGCAGCAGCAAGUCCUACAUCUUGGCACUCUAUUGGCUCCUCUCUGGGGAGUGGAUGAUUAUUAAUGACCACUGAGAAGGCAGCACCAUGUCAGUGUGACAACUGAUCGGGUGAAUGAUGCACCACUAAGCACCAUGGAAACGAAGAGAAAGAAGAAGAGAAGCUAGAAGCCUGCCCUGCCUGCCUGCCUGCCUCUCUCCACACACACCCCUUCUCCCUUCCAUCUCCUUCCCUGGAUGGUGGGCUUCUGAAAGCCAGCAGAGAGCUCUGGAAAAAAAUGCCGACUCAGCUUCCUAGCUUUAACAUCAAUAUGUGGCUACCUGAACUAAGGAAUAAAAUAAGCAUGAGUAUUCCAGAACUAAAUUUACUUUUGUAGGGUUAUUUUCCCCAAAAAAACAAAAAUGAAAAAAGACGUAAUGAAAUUGAAAAUGAUUCCAGUUAUAUAAACAAGCUAUUUGCUUUGAUAUCUCCUUCUGGAUAUAUUUCAUUUAAAGAAUCUAUCCAUGUGAUGUAACAUCGUUUUCCAAAAAUGCCUUUUAAAUUGAAAAAUAAUAAUUAUAAAGAUGCAGAGCAUUUCCAAAAAGCAAAGGAACGUUGAGUUUCUGCAGCAUGCACUAUUUGACAAAUUCAAGUGAUUGUCUUAUCAAAUAACCAACCCUUACUGUACAUAAAAACUGUGCAAUUGAUUUUCUGAAAUCCAGAACUAAAAUGAAGGACAUGUCAGUCAAAAUUUACUUUUUACUUGGCCUAACUAUCACUGCUCCAGUACAAGCUCUGGAUAAGAAAACAGACUGCCCACAGUCAUGUUCUUGUGAGAUACGACCAUGGUUUAAUCCUAGGUCAAUAUACAUGGAGGCAUUAACAGUAGACUGCAAUGAUGUAGGCCUUUCUACUUUUCCACCUCAGUUGCCUGAUAAUACACAGGUACUACUUCUACAAGCAAAUUCUAUUAAAAAAAUUGAAUACCCUCAAGAAUUUCCUGUAAACCUUACUGGUUUGGAUUUAUCCCAGAACAGUUUAUCCACAGUGGCUACUAUUGAACUUCAGAAGAUAACUCAACUUCUUUCAGUAUAUUUGGAGGAAAACAAACUUAUAGAAUUGCCUGACAGAUGUUUCUUUGGACUUAAUAAUCUCCAAGAGCUUUACAUUAAUCACAAUUUACUUUCUACAAUUGCAUCAGGGGCUUUCACAGGCCUUGAUAACCUUCUUAGGCUUCAUCUCAAUUCAAACAAUCUGCAAAUAAUUAACAGCAAAUGGUUUGAAGCAAUUCCUAAUCUGGAAGUUCUUAUGAUUGGAGAAAAUCCAAUAAGCAAAAUUGAAGAUAUGAACUUUAAACCCCUUAUAAAUCUGAGGAGCCUGGUUUUAGCAGGCAUAAAUCUCAGAGAAAUACCAGAUAAUGCCUUGGCUGGUCUUGACAAUUUAGAAAGCAUCUCUUUUUAUGACAACAGAUUAAUUAAAGUGCCCCACAAAGCUCUUCAAAAGGCUACAAAUCUUAAAUUUUUGGAUCUAAAUAAAAACCCCAUUAACAGAAUACAAAGGGGGGAUUUUAGCAACAUGAUACACCUGAAAGAAUUGGGAAUUAAUAACAUGCCUGAACUGAUAUCUAUAGAUAACCUUGCUGUUGAAAAUUUGCCAGAUUUGAGGAAAAUAGAAGCAACCAAUAAUCCAAGAUUAUCAUAUAUACACCCUAAUGCAUUUUAUCACCUUCCACAGCUGGAAUCACUCAUGCUCAAUAGCAAUGCACUGAGUGCACUGUAUCACAGUACAAUUGAAUCUUUGCCCAAUCUCAAGGAAAUUAGCAUACAUAGCAAUCCAAUGCAUUGUGAUUGUGUCAUUCGAUGGAUUAAUAUGAAUAAAACAAGCGUCAGAUUCAUGGAGCCAGAGUCACUAUUUUGCGUAGAUCCUCCUGAAUUCCAAGGCCAGAAUGUCAGGAUGGUUCAUUUCAGGGAGAUGAUGGAAAUUUGUCUUCCACUGAUAGCCCCAAAAAGUUUUCCUGUAAAUUUAAAUUUAGAAACCGGUAGCUAUGUUUCUUUACAUUGUCGAGCUACUGCUGUUCCAGAACCUGAAGUAUAUUGGAUUACUCCGUCAGGACAUAAGCUUUUACCCAAUACUGUUUCUCUUAAAUAUUAUGUACAUUCAGAAGGAACAUUAGAGAUCAGUGAUAUAACACAAAAAGAAAGUGGCCUAUACACAUGUAUAGCAACUAAUUUAGUUGGUGCAGAUUUAAAAUCCAUUGUCAUUAAUGUGGAUGGUCCUUUUCUCCAGGAGAAUCAUAAAUCUUUCUCUAUAAUAGUAAAAGAUGUACGCUACAAUUCCAUAUUAGUAUCCUGGAAAACAAAUUCUAAAAUUGUGAAAUCUAACAUUAGGUGGACUGCCUUUCCAAAAGAUGAAAACUCCUUGACCUCUCAGAGAGUUCGAAUUCCAUCAUAUCAAAAGGUUUAUAAUUUUACUCAUCUCACCUCAUCAAUGGAAUAUAAAAUUUGUAUAGACAUCCCCACUAUCCAGCUUCAGAAUGCAAGACGGUGCAUCAAUGUUACAACAAAAAAAUUGAAUCCGGCAAUGAGAAAUUUUGAGAAGAGCAGCAUCAACAGCACUACAAUUCUUUUCUGCCUUGGUUUUUUUUUAGGAUUCGUUUGUGUUGCUACCCUCCUCGGUUGCAUCUGUCAUGAAAUGAACUGUGAUGAAGAAGGACACAGAUUUUUCAGGAAUUAUGUGAAGAAACAAUCUUUUUCUUUCAGUGAACUUUUUCCUCCUUUAAUCAGUUAUUGGGAUGCUCAUAAAGAGAAAAGCACAGCCCUUGAAGUGCAGGCCACAGUUGUAGAGGUUCCAACAAACAUGUCAUGAAAGUGAAGGUUUUUGGACUUGUUGCUUUACGGUGGCAGCAUCAAGACUCUU